UCACACCUCACACCUCACAACCUCACACCUUACAACCUCACACCUCACACCUCACAACCCCACACCUUAUACCUUACACAUCACAACUUCAUACCUCACACCCCAAAACCUCACACCUCACACCUUAUUAAGCUGCUCGGCAGAUAUCGCAGUAUAUAAACGAGGCUGUAUUCCCUCCCUAACGAACUAAUAUUCUGUGCUUUAUAUCUUAGCACUUGAGCCCUGAAAGACACGUAGACAAUUAACUUAUUAAAUUACCCUUUACACACUUGGCUUGCCUGAAACAGCCUACUCUUUACAUCCCUAAGCCCUCAUUUAGUAUGUCGCACAACACCCUCGGUAACGGCGAGUGGCUGCUUGUGGGUAGCAGCCUGUUUAGCCAGGACGGCUCGGUCGAGUUCAAGAUGCAGGGCGAUGGCAAGAUCGCCGUAUACUGGGGCGGCCAGUGCCGGUUCCAGAACACGCCCGCGCAGCGCUCUGACAUUAAGGGUAUCAAGAUGCAGGAGGACGGUAACUUAUGCAUGUAUGAUAACAAUGGCAACCCUGUCUGGCAUACCAACACGGUCGGCUCUACCAGCAACAGCACCGUCAUCUGUGCCGUGCAGAAUGAUGGUAACGUUGUUCUUUACAAGGGCACACCAAUCUGGACCAGCAAGACCCAGAAGUAGACUUCUACUAGGAGAUAGACGCUGGAAUUUUAAUUAUUAAAGUUAGAGAUUUGUAAAGCUGGGUAUAAGAGGAUAGAGAU